AUGACCGACAUCGCAACAGCACCAGAUCCCGCAGAAGAUAAAGCAGUCGAGGGACCGACUGUUAUCGAUCGCGAAAAGUUGUGCCCGUUCCUCCUCAGGAUGUACUACUGUCGAGCGCAAUUUCAUCGUGUGGAUGACUUUUCACCAACAUCGACGCCACCGCAAUCUUCAGAACUGCGUUUGUACACCUGGAAGAAUGCAACCCUGGGCGAGAUCGCGUCCUUAGUCAAGCAGGCGAUCCCUGAUUUAGUAGAACAAGCGGGUCCAGGAGGUCAAUUGAUGUUUCGACACAUUUAUCUAGAUAUCAACAAGGGCAUAUUUGUAGGAAAGGAUAUUGGCACAGUGAGCCUGGAUAGUCCUCAACCAGAGCGAGUAUUAUCGAAAUCGGAUGAGAUCCCAAGCGAAGGGCUCUUUACAAAAGACAUUCAAAAGACUGGAUCAAUAGCCAUAGCAGGAGCAGCAGCAAGAGAAAUUGGGCUCGAUUCAAGAGUUCUGAGAUCGACAUCAACAGAUUCUGAAAAGACAUUGGAGUCGUUCAAGUUUGUGAUUGGGGACUAUCUGGAUAUUGCUAUUACCUCGGGUACAACAGCGGGAUUCGUCCCACCAUCUCGUCUGAAAAGUUCACAGUCUGGAGGGGGACCUAUGCGUAACCGUGGCCGACAGCAAUCUGGUCGCCAAGGCGGCAGUGGAGGAGGAGGAGGAUCAAGAAUGAACCCACUUGGUGAUCGAUUGGCUGGCCGUCUUGGAGGAGGAUUUGGUCGAAAUGGACAUGGAGGAUUUGGCAGUGGCGGGCGGAGAGGAGAUGUAGGACUUGAUGUCCACAGCGAGCCUAACUGGAAGAGUCGUGGUCGUGGUCGUUAG